GCCGCUCCGGGCACCGGGGAGCGCGGGCCCGCCGGCCGCGGCGGCACGAUGCUGCUGUUCGUGGAGGAAGGGGUCUGGAGGAGGGAAAAUUUCCCUUUCUGGUGAAAGGGGACUGGAGCAUUAUGACAGUCAAGUCUUUAAAAGCUUAUGAGUUCCCAGAGUCCUUGCCGAGUAGCCGCUGCCUCCGCUGAUGUUGUCGGAUGUCAAUAAAGAGAGGUUGAAGGCAACACUUCUAAUGGAGCAGGUAACAUCGAAAGGUGCUGGCUUGAACCCCAACGCAAAAGUGUGGCAAGAAGUGCCCCAGGGCAGUGGUGAGGCCGUGCCCCCCACCAAUGGCACAGAGCACACGUGGCAGGAGACCGCAGCAGCCCAGGGGACUCCAGCCGAGGGUAACAUAGAGAUCUCAGAGGACAGCUGCAAGCAGUAUGAAGUGAUGUAUUCCCCGUCCUGUGAAGCCCCAAGGAAUGGCACAGGAGUUGAUGAGGCGUCAGCAAAUGGAAUUGUCCUGGCGACUGAAGAUCUGGGAUACCAAAUCUAUGAAGUGUCUGGUGAUGGCAGCUCCACUGUGUCCACAGAAGACAUUAGAGAAUGUUUGAGGAAACAGCUUGAAUUCUGCUUCUCUCGAGAGAAUCUUUCAAAGGAUCUCUACUUGAUGUCUCAGAUGGACAGUGAUCAGUUCGUUCCAAUAUGGACAAUUGCCAACAUGGAAGGGAUUAAGAAGCUGACAACGGACAUGGAUCUUAUUCUUGAAGUUUUGAGAUCUUCUCCUAUGGUACAAGUGGAUGAAAGGGGGGAGAAAGUCAGACCAAACCACAAGCGAUGUAUUAUUAUUCUCCGUGAGAUCCCUGAAACGACACCUAUAGAGGAGGUGAAGGCUCUGUUCAAGAAUGAGAACUGCCCCAAGGUGAUAAGCUGUGAGUUUGCUCACAACAACAACUGGUACGUUACAUUCCAGUCCGACACAGACGCGCAACAGGCGUUCAAAUACUUAAGGGAAGAAGUGAAAACCUUUCAGGGCAAGCCAGUAAUGGCCAGGAUAAAAGCCAUCAACACGUUUUUUGCUAAGAAUGGUUACCGGGUCGUGGAUUCCAGUGUGUAUCCCCAGCCCGUGCAGACCCAAGCCCAGUUUGCCUCCCCCCUGUUUAUGCAGCCUGUAUAUAGCCCUCAGCAGUACUCGAUUUACAGCAUCGUGCCUCAGACGUGGUCUCCAAAUCCUGCACCUUACUUUGAGACACCACUGGCCCCGUUUCCCAACGGUGGAUUUGUGAAUGGCUUUAAUACACCAGGAUCGUACAAAACAAAUGCUGCUUCUCUCAGUAUAGGUCGCCCAUUCCACAGGAAUCGGGUGAAGCCCCAUUUCCGCUCCUCCAGCAGCUCGGAGCACCCGGAGGGGCCGCCCGGCGCCGGGGCCCUGCCCAUGGGGGACCUGAGCAGAACCAGCUCAAGGAAUUUUGUCAUGGAGCGACACAGCAGCUCAUUAACUGGGCACCAAGACCAGGGGUAUUCCCAGAAGGAUUCUCCCACGGCACAGCUGGAGCAGAACGGCGAUUACGGCGUCGGCAGGGGCAGGAGGAACGUCUUCAGAGGUCGGAGGAGACGGGAGGACGACCGGGUUUCGAGACCUCAACCUUCAGCAGAAACAAAGACUCAGACACCAAAGUUUGACUUGCUUGCAUCCAAUUUCCCACCUUUGCCUGGCAGCACAGCAAAAAUUCUGGGAGAGCCUGUGCUGGAGAGCAGGAUGUCCGACAUCGUUAAAGGAGUCUGCAAAGAGAAGGAAAGCAAAGACUCCCUGUGCCCCUGCCCGGCUCCUGCUCCGGAAGAACAAACGCCCAGCGCUGCCCAACCGCCCGUGCCCAGCGUGAGCUCCCCGAGCCAGACUGAGCCUGUGGUGCUGAGCACGGUUCAGCCAGAGAGCAAACCAGAAGAAGUGUCUGCUCCAAAGGACGUGGCUAGCCCGGCUUCUCCGCCGGCAUCCGUCUGUCCCAUCAGUGCUGCAAAGCCACCGAGGACAAACACCUCCUCCCCUUCUGCUCAAGCAAGUGCAGCUCCUGCUCUGUCGACACAGGAGCCUCGCAAGCUCAGCUACGCCGAAGUUUGCCAGAAGCCCCCAAAGGAGCCACCUCCAGUCCCUAUCCAGCCUCUGAGGGAGCACCGCACCAACAUCGUUCCCCCUGCCAAAAAUGAAGACAGCGGUACAUCGGAGAAGGCUCCGGAGAAGGCUCCUCACGAGAGGGCUGAAGGUCGAAUGAAGGAUUACUCCGGGUUCCGCGGCAGCGGAGCUCCCAGGGGAGCUGCUGGGAAAAUCAGGGAACAGAGGCGCCAGUUUGGACGCAGAUCUUCGCCUCAGGGAGCGCCGCGCCGCGUGGGCAAGGAGCAGUACGUGGGCAAGGAGCAGUACGUGGGCAAGGAGCAGUACGUGGGCAAGGAGCAGUACGUGGGCAAGGAGCAGUACGUGGGCAAGGAGCAGCACGUGGGCAAGGAGCAGUACGUGGGCAAGGAGCAGUACGUGCCACCCCGGUCACCAAAGUAACGCUGGGCCAGCCAAUGAUUCUCUGUUUAACUUGAGCUGUGGACUAAAAGAGCAGCAGAGAGACUGAGGAGGGAAGGAUUCGGGAAGGGGAAUACUGAACUUGGAGCGUGGCUUGUGUGGAGAAGUUGUGGAGGGUCCGAAAAUUCAUCUCUAAAAGUGAUUUCACAAAUGCUGGAGGAUUCCAAUCACUAUAAAUAUAGAGAUUAUAAUUUUUGUAUUUUUGUUUUUAAUUUGCAGAGAGUUUCCUGCUUGAAAUCAGCUUUGGGAUUGUGAAAGUAGCGUUUUGACAAAGCGAAAGAAUACGAGUUGACAAAUUAACCUGUCCCUCGGUGUAGGAGGAAAAGGAUAAGAGAAUAUUAUUUUUGGAAAAUGAGCAUUUCUGUAAAAUUAGGACUUUUUUAAACCUAUUUAACGUUUGGCUUGUGGGCUGGUGUGUCUGCCAUGGAUGGCCUGGCAUUGCAGAGGCCUCUGCAGCAAGCCAGAACUGUUGUCAUCACUUAGUCACUGAUGAUGAAAACUGAAUGUACUACUGCAGUGUAACCCAUGUGUUUCCAGCUUGAAGUAGAGUCUCUUGACCUUACUAAUAUUUCAUUCAGCAAGCUUUUUAAGGUAUAAGUUUUGCAGGAUACUGGAUUGUAGAUGAGAGUGUGUGGACAGCAGAAAUUGUCUCGUAGAUGCAGUGGAAGGAGGCAAAGGGAGCAUGUGAGAAUCUUUAUUAUGCCCUUUCUCCUCGCCUCCUUUUGAGGGCAACUCCUUAGGUUUGGGGUUUUGUUUGUUUGCUUUUUCCCUCUCUUGUUUCUUUCUCUAAUUUCUUUAUUACAGACUUUAGUGCAUUUUUCUUGGUGUGUUUUCCUGAGGCAGCCCCCAGGGUAGGACGGGCAGGUGGCUACACAGCACCUGGUGUUACCUGCACAGGUAAGGAGCCUGGAAUUCCAGCUGCAGAUGCUGAAUUCUGCCUUGCAGGUGGGAACUCUGCCCACUCACUGUCAUCUCUGGAUGGCUGGGCAGCAAACCAGAGCUGUGGCUGGGUUUUCUCUGUGCUGACUCUGGAUCAGGCUGUUGGCUGCUGUAUUGCCAGAAAUCAGGGUUUAGACUCCUGGGAACUCAUCGUUUACAGCUGAUGUCGUAGCAACUGACUCGUUUUUAAGUGUUUAAAGUGGAACUAAAGAUGCAGAGUUAAGGAAAUCCCCUCGUGUUCAGAGAAGCUGCUGGAGCAGUGGCUCCUUGCCAGCUGUGUGCUGACUGAGUUUGCAACACUAUUGUGCAGUAAGUGGUUAAGUUCCAGGGUGAUUAAUGACCGAAAUAGGAACAUUCAGCGCAUUAAUCUGCCAAAAUCAGCAUACCAGGGUUCAAAGUUCUGUAUAAAGUGUUAGGGAAAAGUAGCUUCCAGCAGUAAGAAUCACAUCUUUAUUUUUUCCUCUCUUUUUUUUUUUUUUUUUUUUUUUUUUUAGUGAAUAGCAAGUGUACAAAUUUAAAGUUGUAAGUUGUGAACACUGGAAAAUUCAAUUGUGAUAUAUUCCGUAACCAUCUUAGUAAUAUAUGCUCGUGUUGCCAUAGAAUGAAUGUAAGUGGCAGUUAAAAUAACUGUGAAAUUUUUCAUCUUCUGAUUUCUUAGCCAGAUAACCCUUGGCAACUUGGGCCUCAGUAGGAAUUCUCUAUCAACUGCUUGGAGAACACUCAUAUCUAUUUUUAUAAAUAUAUAUAUAAAGCCAGAGUUGUCAUUUCUCUAACUUAUUAUUCAGCUUGGCAAUUGCUUUGAGUUGAUUCAUAACACAAUAUAAAUGUAUUUAUGCAGUUAACUGUUCAUUUCUAGGCAUGUUACAAAGAGAGAGUCAGAGAAUCAUCGAUUGGGCUGAGUUGGAAGGGCCCCAUUGGGAUCAUGGGGUCCAACUCCUGGCCCUGCACAGACACCCCAAAAAUCCCACCCUGUGCCUGAGAGCGUUGUCUAAAUGUUUCUUGAGAUCAGACAGGCUUGGAGCUGUGACCCCUUCCCUGGGGAGCUUUUCAGUGCCCCUCUGGGGAAGGACCUUUUCCUGAUCUCCCCCCUCAACCUCCCCCAACUCAGCUUCCUGCCACUUCCUCGAGUCCUGAAGUAUGUAUACAUAUAUAUAUUUAUGUAUGUGUAUAUAAACCCCAAAAUCACUAUUCACUUUGAAACUACCUGUACUGGGUUUGGGAGGUUUUUUUUUUUAUAAUUUAGUAAAAAGAAUCGUUGAUCACAUCCACAAUUUAGGGAUUCUUACAGACCCUUCUCCCUUUAUUUUGAUAAUGCUACUCUCAUUGGAACGAUAGGGAAGUUUAAAUAUUUAAUGUCAAAGUCCUGAAAUGCAAUGAAUGCAAAGUUUAAUUCGUUUUAAAGGCUCUAAACAAUUCCUGCAGCCAAACUGGAACAAAACAAGCCUGGAGGAUGGUUCGUGGCUGUUUAGGGGAGAAGUGUUCUGGGCUGUUGAGGGAGUGCUGGGAUGCCGACAGCUGUUGGCUCUUUGGAGGAGGAAAUUGAGAGGGAAAAGGGGCUGGUGCAGAUGUGGCUCAGAAUUCCUGACCCAGCGUCAGUGACUUGCUUGUGCUGAGAGGACCUGAGUGGUGAAACGGAACUUUGUCAUUGAUCAGAUGUGGGAAAAGCCAACCAGCUGUGGCUCCAUCUUCCUGGUGGGGUGGUGGGAAAGGGGUGCUCGGUGAGUCCUGGGGGUGUUCCCAGCAGCAGCAGGUCGUGGCUCUUGUGCAGGGGAUGUAGGUCAGCCUGUAACUGUUGGCUUUUCCCAGCAUUUCCAAACUUCUCUCAGCUUAAGGCGCUUGGAAUGAUUAAUUUCACACCUGCGUGCAAGGAUUUCAUGUGAGCGUUUCCCUUCCACCAUUUCCAGCUGUGGUUUGGGGUUUGUUUUAUUCUUUUAAAAAGCUUUCUAUUCUUUUCUGUGCAGGGGGAAAUUCCCAGUUGGAUACAGAGGCUGUGAAACUGUUGUGGGGUGGGACCUGCCAGGGACCGGCUUUGCCUUUUCCUCUCGUGCUGGGCUGGGGAAGGAUUUUGUGUCUGUCCCCACCAGUUUACCUGUUGGGCAGACUGGGGAAACUGAGCCAGAGGGGUGCUUUGGAGCCAGACCCACUGCUGGGGCAGCUCCUGCCUUCAUGGGAGCUGGUCCCUGUCACCGGGCUCCAGGUGCUCUCCAAGUGACCAGAGCUCUCCGUGGUUCCCUCUGGGUGUACCCUCACGGGAUAGGAAUUGUCCUGCUCUGCUGAUACUCAAUACCAGGAGGUGCAAAUCACACCUUACUUUCAGUUUUAGGAACUGUGACUUGUUUUCAGAGUUGUUGACUUCCGUUAGGGACAGAAAUACACUCCCCAGUUCAGCUCUUUUCCAAUUUACUGCGUGUGGAAAAGAUUGGGGCACUCUCUCGUGCUUCUGCUGGGGAGUGAAAAGAAGAAAUUCUUUGCAUGUGAUAGUAAAAUUAAAAGUGCAAAAAAUUUUGUUUCUUUUGAUUUCUAACAUUAAGUUAGUUUUAUAGUAUCUUACAUUCCUGCUCUUGUUGUUUUGUUGGUUUUUUUGUUGUUGUUUUUUUGGUUUUUUUUAAUUAGCCUGGCACAGUAUGAUGGUGCAGUUUUAGCUGUAGGAAAAAAAAAAAAAAAGUAAAAAAGUAACCCACUAUUAACCAGAAGAGAAAGAUGAUACUGUGGCAGAUCAGUAGCAAAUAAGUGACUUAAUCAAUGCUUUACUGUAGUUAAAUAGCUAUGGCCUUACUACUUUGUCAAUAUCAGCUUAAUUGUCUUGAAACUGUCCGCAAUUUUUACUGUUCCCAGGUGAGUUUACCUGGGCUGAGAUAUCUGGUAUGUACAGAUGAUAUUUUAAAUUUGUAAAAUGCACCAUUGUAUUACAGAUGAUGCAACAGAAAUGCACUUCGGGGGGAAAUGGCUUCUGAUGAGUUUUUUUGUAAAUCCUUGAUUACUACAGAUAUGCAAUAGAGUUUUUGUUUCUAAUUUUGAUAUUUCCUUCUGAAACGUAAGAUUGUUGCCAUUAAUCUGAAUGAUUUAUCAUGCUCUUCUUUGCGUGUAUAUAUUCCAUAUAGUCUGAGCUUCCUUUAGGAUGGUACAUAAUUUUGGGUUGUUGUAGUAUUUUAGUUGGCUCUUCUCUUCAGUGCCUUUAGUGCAGGCACUUCAAGAGGUUCAUUGAGUCUGUUUUUAAUGUACAGUUGGGAGGACUUGAAAUGGAGUUAAAGCAACUUAUUUCUGGGAAAAAAAAAAUCCAUCUGCAAACUAACCUGUAACAACUUUAAAAUUUUAUAUUUAAGAACCAGAUGUUUAUUUUUAUGGAACUUCAGUUAUGGAUACAGUUUCCAAAAAAAAAAAAAAAAGCAACUUCAAAUGUAAACAGACUGUGCAUAAAUGGGUUUUGUUCUAAUUUUU